AAACUAGAAAUGAGUCACCAAGUCAAGCCUACACUCCAGAGGAAGGGAAUUAAGCUUCACUUCUUGAAGGGACAAGUAUCAAAGAAUUUGCAGUUGCAGUGGUGCAGAAUGGCUGACCUCAGUCUUGCAGAUGCAUUAACAGAACCACCUCCAGAAAUUGAAGGAGAGAUUAAACGGGACUUUAUUGCCACUCUGGAGGCAGAGGCCUAUGAUGAUGUUGUGGGAGAAACUGUUGGAAAAACAGACUACAUUCCUCUCCUGGAUGUUGACGAGAAUACUGGGAAUUCGGAGUCAAAGAAGAAACCAUGCCCAGAUACUAGCCAGGGUGAAGGUACCCCGUCUUCUAAACCAGCAGUGCUAGCCAAUGGUGAUCAUGGAAUAAAAGGAAAUGACACUCCAGGGUUUCCGACUGAAUUCCUUGAAGAGAAAAUGGCCUACCAGGGAUAUCACAACAGCCAGGACUGGCCAGAAAAUACAAACUUUUGCUUCAAACCCGAGCAAGUAGUGAACCCUGUGCAGACUGAUCCCUUUAAGAUGCACCAUGGUGACGGCCUGGAAGAUUUGCUCUUUUUCCCCAGUGGAACAGCCAAUACUUCAGCAUUUACAGAGCAAAAUGAUCCCCUGAAAGACAGUUAUGGUCUGUUUUCCUGUGACACAUUUGCUCCUGCAGCUGCUGUACCUCAGGGAUGGCCUGUAGAAGCUCCAAACUCUCCGCACGCAGGAGUCUUCAUUUCCCCAGAGGUCACACAACCUGUGCAGCCCACAGCAGAGCCAGCUGAGGUGGUAGAAAUGGCAUCAGCAGAAGAAAGGACACCAACAAAAACAAUGGAAAUAAUGAUGGGACUGAAGGCUGAUGACAUGGCACCAUCUAGAGAAGCAGAGAUGGCCCUGGCCAAGGACAUGGCACCUGCCACAGACACAGAGGUGGCAUUGGCUAAAGAUGUGGAACUACCUACCAAAGAAAACGUGGCACUUCCCAAGGAUGUGGAAUCAUUCAUCGAAUCAGAUAUGGCCCCCGUCAAGGACGUGGCAUUACCCACGGAAAUAGAGGAAGCCCCAGCUAAGGACGGAAUACUGUUCAAAGAAACAGAGACGGCACCGCCUAUGAAAAUGGAUUUGGCCCCAGUGGAGGGCAUGGUACCACCCACAGACAGAGAGAUGGCCCCUGCCAGCGGUGUGGCAUCACUCUCAGAAAUAGAGAUGGCACUGGGGAAGGACAUUGGAUCAUCCGCAGAAAUAUCUUCAGCCAAGGAGGUUGCCUUGUCCUCAGAGACAGAGGUGGCCCCAGUUAAGGACAUGGCUCCAUCUCCAGGAACAGAAGUGGCCCCGGUCAAGGACAUGGCUCCAGCCCCAGAAAUAGAGAUGACUCUGGGCAGGGAUGUGGCUCCACCUCAAGAAAAAGAGGUGACUCUGGGCAGGGAUGUGGCUCCACCUCAAGAAAAAGAGGUGACGCUGGUCAAGGACAUGGCUUCACCCCCAGAAACAGAGAUGGCCCUGGGCAAGGAUGCGCCUCUGUCUCCAGAAACAGAGAAAGCGCCGGCUAAGGAAGUUGUACCACCCUCAGAAACAGAGGUGGCACCAGUUCCAGUUAAGGACAUGAAAGUUGUACGGACGCAGGAAGAAAUAAGUGAGGAUUCCCGGUUAGAAUCUCUUCAGAAUGAGGGACACUCAGCUGUGCCACCUUCCAUGAUUUUGCCAGAACCGGUCUCAGCCAUGGGCCAAAAGUACAACUUGCCAACAAAUGGGGAGUCUGUGUCAGAGAAACUAGAGCAGAAGAAACCAUUCAGCAGUCAGCCUUCUGACCUUCCUCCCGAGACCUCAGGUACCCCUCCCACACAAGUCAAACAAGUGCGCAGACCCAGUGACCGCAGGGCUGCCCGGCCCAGGCCUCCCAGGGGUCCUCCUGAGCUGCUGGGAGGCUCUUCUCCACAGAAGACUCUCGAUCCCGGGCUGGGCCCCUUUUCUUUGUCUGAGUCGAGUUGGGUCUCUGGUUCAUCUUCCUGUGGUGAACCUGGGAACCAAAGGAAAACUAUUCAUGUCGACUUCCUUGAAUCCCAGAGGGAUCUUGGCAGGGAGGCCUGGGCUUUAGAAAGCACAGCAAUGAUGAUGAAGAAAAAAAAGAAGAAACCAAAGCAAAAGAGAUAUUCUCAACCCCGGGCUGGGGGACCUUGGGAUGAUGACAAUGCAAAAGAGCCUAAAGGUCAGCCCUUUGCAGACGACACACAAAAAUCAGGUGUUCUCCCCAGUCAGCCUACCACUGUGGGCACGGAAUAUGGACUGGCAUCCAGAGAAAACCUGAAAAAGGAAUGUGAAAUUGACUCCAAAACAGCCAAACCAGUGGCUGAGAACAUUGCCUCAGAAAGCCUUGGUGUUCCUUCGUGUCCUUUAGAAAAACCCCUGAAAACUGCAGUAAGUUCUCAGCCCAAGCUGGGAGUAGAGGCAGAGAUCAAAGGUAACAAGACAGGACCACAGGGCCAAGAUAGGAAGCUGAUGCCACGAGAUGAAUGCACUUCUGCGGAGAAAAGCCAGACCAUAGGCUCUCUCAAACUGAAAGGACCCCUGACAGAAGUUUCUGCGCACGAAGUAGAACGCCCUUUGGAGAUCAGACCCAAAGAGGGCUACUCUCCUGUCUUGGACCAUGAGGCUGUGGGGGGAGUUUCAAAACCCACAGCAGCAAAAGCAAUGCCUAAUUUGAUACCCACUUUGACAGCAAGUAAUCCAUUAGAAAGUAGUUUGAAAGAAGGGAAUGAUGAAAGGAGAAUGACUAAACUGCAGAAUGACAAACAGAAAGAGUUCUCUGAAGGAGCCGAAGAGGUUAAAGAACUGAAAAAGGAAGCCUUUCCCAAACAAAGCCAAGAGCUGAAUAUUGCAGCUUCCCAGCAGCUGCAGGACAAGGAGGUAGUUCAGGCUCCUGGGCCAGGAAAUGAACCAUUUAAGAGAAUGGCAGGUGAUGGCAAAAGCAGGAAGGGAGGGGGAAGUUCUGGAAAAGGGAGAGCGAGUUCUGGGAAGGUAAGAGCAAGGGCUGAGCUGCCAUUCCUUCCAGACAACCAGGAGGACAGCAGAGCUGUCCUUGGGCCUAGUGAGCCAGCCGCUACCACCGGAAGAAUGACUGCUGGGGCUAAGAGUGAGGCGCUGGGGCGGGAGCCUUCAAAACAACCAGGGUUCAUGGCUGAUCUCCCUGAGACAGUGGUGAUGGGGGAGCCUAAAGGGAUGACUGACCCUGGUGUGACAAGCACCUUGCAGGCAUUGAUUCCCUUGGGAAAUGAGUCAGCCGUGACUCAGACUUCCGGUGCUGGAACAGAAAGAGGAGCCGUAGCCAUAGAUCUGGGUGUCAGUAACCAGGGCAAGGAAGAAAAGUGUCCUUGGAUGGAUCGUGAGGCAGCUCCCUGGUUCUCUGAACAGUCUAAAAAAAGAGGCAAUGAAGGCAAAAACAAAAAGGUUAAAAAUAGUUAUUCUGCACAGCCAGCUAGAAUAGAGAGCAAGGAAGAAAGCUGCAGCCCGCCGUUUGUAGGGAAGGAUGGAGAGGCUGGUGGCACUCCGCAUCAAAACAAGGAGUUAGGGCUCACCUUCCCCAUUAAUCCUGAGCCUGUGCUCGCACACACAUCAGAUACACCCACAGCAGAAGUAGUAGAUCGAAAGGGUAAAAAUGAUGAGCUUAAUUCUUUUGAACGUGGGGCUCUUGGUGGGAACAAAAACAUAGUCAAGGAUUCUGCUGUUGCUGAAGCAGCUGCCAAGGUGACAGAUUUGAGCUGCCAAGACCAAACCCAGGGGGCAGGAUUUGUUCCUUCAGUACCACCUGAGGAGCCUAAGACAGAUGCAGCCAAGGGACACUCUGCAGUGGCUGACAAACCAAACAAAAGGAGUAGGGAUGGCAAAAGUAAAAAGGUUAAAAAUAGUUUUCCCGAGAAGCAUACUCUGGAGAGUAAGACAGAUGCAACAAAAAUACGUGUUCCCAUGGAAGCCACAGGGGUCCACAGAAUUGAAGGCAUAGGCUAUGUGGAUGAAAACAGAAACAUCACUUUUACUUGCCACAAAACGCCGUCAGGGGGGAUGAAUCAGUCAGCACCCCCAGAGGCCCUGGAUUCAGCCGCAUCUGAAAAACCGCCCACUCAUACUCCUCAGGUAGCAAAGGGCAGUGAUUCCUUUCCAGACACCUUGGCAGAAAGUAGGCAAGAGACAGCUCCUGUCCAGAUUUCCAAAUUAUUAGCAGUAGAUAAUUGCAGCAAAGAUGGAGUCACAGAUCAAGAAAGACCCAAGGCUCCCUCUCCUGUUACACCCUCAGCCAGCACAGGUGGAGGUGCCCUGGCUUUUACAGCAUCCAUAGAAACAGUGAACAGUUCUGGAGAUAACCGUCUUAAGAAUAAAGGUGAGCUUGCUGAUCCCAUGAAAAGUGAAGCAGGGGUAGAUGGAGGGCCUGGGACAGGGGAAUCCAAGUCGGUGCCCAGUAGUGCAUCUAAGCAUCCAAUAGGGAAAUGCGCAGAACUAGCAAAGGGGCACCUUCUUUCUGGAGUGCCGGUAGAAGACCAGAGCCUACCAGGCGAGGCCAGAGGCCUAGAAUCAUGUGCAGAGUGGAGUAAUCUUACAACACAUCUAGUAAACGAAAAGAAAGAGUGUGGGGGGGUUUCUGCUGCAGUGCAAACUCCCAGUUUACUGGGAGACAAAGCACAAAAGCCCCGUUUCUGUGAGGACCAAAAUGCUGAGGGUGGAGUGUCCAGGGUCCCAGCUAGUUUGAAGAAGGAGGUGGGUACGACUCUUUCAUCUCCAAAAAGUGAAAAGGACAAAUUGGAAGUAAUUAGCCUGGCUUCAGAAAUCACAGAGUUGGAAGAUGUUUCCUUGCCAACACCAGCAUUCGAGUCGGAGUUCUUAGAUGGUGGAGGUGCAGGCAUCCCUUCGAGGGUGGUAGAUAAGUUAGUAGCGUCAGCUUCCAAGGGUCUUCAGCUCCCAGACCCCAAAGAUAGGCUCUCUGAGGCACCAGAGAACAUGACGGAAAAACCCGAACCAAAGGCCCUGGGAGAAUGGAAGAAGGAAGACAAAAGCAGAAUGGCAGAACCAGUUAAAGGCUACAUGAGACCCACCAAGUCCCGAGGACUCACUCCUCCUCUGCCAAAGCCUGCAACCCAGGAACGAGAGAGAGCCAAGCCCGCGAAGCCCAGCGGAAUAGCCAAGCCAGAAGAAGGACGGCCUCCUGUGAGCGUGACCGGAAAUGACAUCACCGCCCCUCCAAACAAGGAGCUCCCACCAAGCCCAGAGAAGAAAACGAAGGUAGUUGCCAGAAUGCCUUUGGCCACAACUCAGCCUGCAAAGACUUCAACAUCGAAAGCCAAAACACAGCCCAGUCCUCUCCCUAAGCAGCCAGCUUCCACCACCUUUGGUGGGUCGACUAAAAAACCCAUGAGCCUUGCUUCAGGCUCAGUACCAGCUGCCCUACCCAAACGCCCUGCUGCCGCCACUGCCAGGCCCUCCAUCUCACCUUCAAAAGAUGUGAAGCCCAAGCCUGUUGCAGAGGCAAAGAUUCCUGAGAAGAAGGCCACGCCAUCCAAGCCGGCCACGCCAUCCAAGCCGGCCACGCCAUCCAAGCCGGCCAUGCCAUCCAAGCCGGCAGCCUCUGCCCCAGUCUUGAGGCCUGGCUCCAAGAGCACCCAGACUGUUCCAAAAGCCACAGCAGCUGCCUCUCUUGCCUCAGCUGGGCCGAGCAGUAGGAGCAGCUCCAUGGCCCUGCCCAAGAAGCCCGCGGGGAUCAAGACUGAGGGAAAACCCACAGAUGUCAAGAAGACCGUUACAAAGUCUGCACCAGCUGACUUGAGUCGCUCAAAGAGCACCUCCAGCAGUGCCAUGAAGAAAAACACCCCUGUCCCUGGGGCAGCACCCCCAGCAGGCGUGGUACGAGUGAAGCCCACACCCACGUCUCCCCGGCCCUCCGGGACUUCUGCCACGGACAAGAAACCCACGUCAGCCAGGCCUGGCUCCUCUGCCCUCAGGCUGAGCCGCCCAGCUACCGGCACUUCUGCCCCUGAUCUGAAAAAUGUCCGCGCCAAGGUUGGCUCCACGGAAAACAUCAAGCAUCAGCCUGGAGGAGGCCGGGCCAAGGUAGAGGAAAAAACAGAGGCAGCUGCUGCAGCUCGAAAGCCUGAACCCAGUGCAGUCACUAAAACACCCGGCCCAGGUGCGAGCGUGCAGAAACCGCCUGCGGGGAAAGUCCAGAUAGUCUCCAAAAAACUGAACUACAGCCAUAUUCAGUCCAAGUGUGGUUCCAAGGACAAUAUUAAGCAUGUCCCUGGAGGUGGUAAUGUUCAGAUUCAGAACAAGAAGGUGGACAUCUCAAAGGUCUCCUCCAAGUGUGGGUCUAAGGCUAACAUCAAGCACAAGCCUGGUGGAGGAGAUGUCAAGAUUGAAAGUCAGAAGUUGAACUUCAAGGAGAAGGCCCAGGCGAAGGUUGGAUCUCUCGAUAACGUGGGCCACCUGCCUGCAGGAGGUGCCGUGAAGAUUGAGACCUACAGGCUGACGUUCCGGGCAAACGCCAGGGCCCGCACCGACCAUGGGGCCGACAUUGUCUCCCGCCCCCCCCACUUUCCUGGCGGCCCCAGCUCAGGCCCCCGGGCCCUUGGGCUGCUCACUAGACCUGUGACCGCUGGGGUGCUGGGCAGCCCUCUGGGGCCCUCCCUCUAGGGCCCUCCCUCCCGUCUCACUUGCCCAGGGCAGCAGCAGUCGCCCCCACACCUCCUUCCACUCCCUGCCCCAAGCCCAGUCCUUGCUUUGCUCCUGUCCCAUCAUCGCAUCCCUGCUCCAGGGAAGGGUCUGGGGGGUGAGGGAGGGGCAUCGGGGGGAGGCUAAUCUGGGGUCGGGUGUGUCUAAGAGGGGGGACCGGAUUCCAACCUCUUUGUUUGUUUGGGUUUUUUUGGACCAAGCCCAAGAGAAACUGACAUACCCACCCUCCUUGCUGGGUCCACCUGGAGGGAAGAGUGGAAUUGGAAUGUCCACGUGAUCGCCCGGCCCUGACUGCAUCCCCUGGAGCCCGCUAAGCCACUGCCUCUCCCUUUGACCCCACAAUGGUGCCCACCACGUGGGUGGUGCCAGACGCCUCUUGCCACCCUGCCCCACAUUAGUUAGGGGUCAAUGCUGCCUGUCCCCGCUGCUUCCCAUACCUGCCUAGCUGCUGUCAUACAUUUUCUUCCUUUUAUCCCUUUUUAAUAACCUAAAAACUGGUGGAGUAGUUUUGCAGGUUAAGUCAUGUCUAAAUGAAAGUCCUCAGCAGGUGUUGCAGGAAACAGGGAAGGGAGAUCCUUAAGCUCCAGCCUGGAGGUCAGGCACUGGGGGCUGCCCUGGUGGCGUCAGCUCAGGCCCUGGAUGUGGUGUGAGCAGGGCAGGUGAUAUGUGGGGGCUGUGGCCUGGUGGGCAGAUAGGGCACGCUAGGGGCUACUCAGAGUGUGGACUGGUUGUUCUGGUAUUUUGUGUGUAUGCUGCUUUUCUUUUCUAACCAAGAGGCUGGUUUUGGCAUCUCUGUCUCAUUCCUGGGAUCUGGUGGGAGAGACAAGGUCAGAGUUGGGAAGGGCCAUGGAGGUCAAAAUCCUGCAUGCUUGCAGGCCUAGAGCACUCUACCCUUAGCUACCAGGGAGCCUGAGAUGUCCAGAAGUCAUGCGGGUAGUGGGGAAUCAGGUCUGGAAAUUUAAAAAUAAAGGCAUAAGACUGAGGCCGUCCCACAUCCCUGAGAGUCUGACUAGGGAGGGGGGAGGGGAGGCGAGGCCAGCCUGCGGAGCGGUGUCUUAGUUAGGCCUGCUCUUGGGGUGGCUGCAAUGAGGAGACAUCCCGGGAAUCAUAUUGGCAUGAAGAUCUUACUGCACUUGUAUUUUUUGUAUUAAAGUUUGCAUGGUUUCUAAUAAAGGAUUAAAACCUACCGAUUUGUAGUGACAUGGCCUGGGAGUUUAGGCCCCUCUAGAUGCACUUUCUACAGUAUGGACAUGGCCCCCCGCCCUCUGCUCCUGUCCCCACACUGAGAAGGUAGGGGCUGGUGACAUAGGUUCUGGUUUUACCUCCAUGCGGAUGGGAGCAACUGGGUUGGGGGGGGCAGGUCUCCCCAUUUCUGAGGUAGCAUUUCCCUGGGGAGGUUGGCCACCACAGCCCAGCGCCGAGCACACACCAGGAAGUUGCAGGUCUUGUGGAGAAAGUGCUUCUGGCGCCAGACUGUCUUCAGGAUGCGAGCUCAGGGCACCCAUGUCCUGUCAGCAAGAGGGGCGAGAUGAAGCAGUCGGGGUCGGGUGUGGAGACAAGGGUGACAGUGCGGGGCCUACAGGUACCUGUGCCCUCCCUGUGAUCCUGGGCCACAAGGAUGCUGCGGAUGACAACAGGCUCCUCGUCCUGUCACUCCUGUAGAGAAGGGUUGGCGUGCGGGUGACCCAAGCAGAGCUAGCUCUCUGGGUGGCCUGGUCACAACUCCCUGGAAGGGUCCCACAAGCCAAAGGCUGAGGUGGCUGCCCUGAUGGGUGAGGACCAGAAGCCCAUUGCUGUAUACUUCUCUGCGGCCAUCUGGGGGUGGGACGUUUCUCUGUAUGGCCUGAUUUGCUUAUGGUUCAGCCACUACCCGUGCCAGUCUGAUUCUGUUUGUAAUGAUUUCAAGAGUAAAUAAAGCUCGUGAUGUCCCAGCA